CCAAAGAGAGCGAGAAGCAGGGAGCAUGUUCCGAUGCAAGCUGACGGCUCUCAACUACCACAACCCCACCGGUUUCAACUGCAAAGAUGAAACAGAAUUUAGAAACUUCACUGUUUGGCUUGAAGACCAGAAAAUCAGACACUACAAGAUUGAAGACAGAGGUAAUUUAAGAAACAUCCACAGCAGUGACUGGCCCAAGUUCUUUGAAAAGUGUCUCAGAGAUGUUAACUGUCCUUUAAAGAUUCAAUAUCAACAAGAAGCUAUUGAUUGGCUUCUUGGUUUAGCUGUUAGAUUUGAAUAUGGAGAUAAUGCUGAAAAAUACAAGGACUUAGUACCUGAUAAUGCAAAAACUGCUGACAAUGCAACUAAAAAUGCAGAACCAUGGAUAAAUUUGGAUGUAAAUAAUCCUGAUUUUAAGCCUGGUGUGAUGGCUUUGGCUAACCUGCUUCAGGCUCACCGUCAUGAUGAUUACCUGGUAAUGCUUAAGGCAAUUCAAAUUUUGGUUCAGGAGCGCCUGACACAGGAUGCAGUUGCUAAAGCAAAUCAAACAAAAGAGGGCUUGCCUGUUGCUUUAGACAAACAUAAUCUUGGUUUUGACACAGGAGAUGUAGUUCUUAAUGAACCUACUCAAAUUCUGUGAUUGCUGCAUACAGAAGAGCUCAAACAGCUACAGACAAAAAUUAAUGAAGCCACGGCACUGUUGAGGCAAU